AUGGAGAAACGCAGCUCAAUUAAGAACCGAGGACUGAGAUUACCACCUGGUUUCCGAUUUCACCCAACCGAUGAAGAGCUAGUGGUUCAAUAUUUACGUCGAAAAGUAACCGGUUUACCUUUACCAGCUUCUGUUAUACCGGAAAUCGAUAUCUGUAAAGCCAAUCCAUGGGAUUUACCAGGUGAUUGUGAUUCGGAGAGGUAUUUUUUUAGCAUGAGGGAAGCUAAAUACCCAAACGGAAACCGGUCUAACCGGUCGACCGGUUCGGGUUAUUGGAAAGCGACCGGAAUCGAUAAGCAGAUCGGGAAGAAGAAGCUUGUUGUGGGGAUGAAGAAAACUCUGGUUUUUUACAAAGGGAAACCUCCGAACGGGACAAGAACCAGCUGGAUUCUUCAUGAAUAUCGACUUGUCGAUCCGGAACAAGAAUCAUCUGAACAGAAGAGGAAUUGGGUUCUCUGCAGAGUGUUCUUGAAGAAGAUGAGCAAUAAUAAUAAUAACAAGAGGAAAGAAGAUGAGAGAGAGAAGGAGGAAGAGAGAGAAGAUAAUGUCGACGUCAAGAGUGCUUGUCCAGUGUUCUAUGACUUUAUGAGAAAUGACGUGAAGCAAAGAAAAUGCUGCGAUUUGAAUUUGACUCCUACGUGUUGUUGUUGCUCUUGUUCUUCUUCAGCGUCUUCGUCGGUUUGCUCAAGUGCUUUAACUCAGACAUCUGCUAAUGACUCUGACACUCGUGAAGAAACUAGUUGUCGGGAAAAUAAAUUUUGUUUGUUUCUAUAA